AUGCAGCACCCUUCACUCCGCCGAAAAUUCACACCAAUUUUCUCCACCGAAUCAUUCUCCAUGAAGCCCUCCGCCGGGGGCCGCAAGGGUAGUAAUCUCUCUAUUUUCGUCGUGGCCUUUUCGAUUUUCUUGUUCGGUUGUUUCAUGUACAACGAGGACGUGAAAUCCAUUGCUGAGUUCCCUUUUUCUAGGCCUAAGGUAGCCGGUCAAGAAAUUCAAGAAGAGCCCUCCAAGAAUGUUGGCGAUCAGACCACUGUUUCAGUUGUUCUAAAUGCAAGAACUGUAAUGGAGACGGAGAUAGAAACUUCCGGUUCUGGUCAUGAUCAGAAACAAGAAUCUGAGAGCUUGAAAGAUGAAAAAGAAAAAGAAGAACAGAAAAUUGAAUUGCCCGUUGAAGAAGACGAAGAGGUCGAUGAGGAGGAGGAAAUUGAAUUGCCUCCUGAAGAUUGUGAUUUGUUUACAGGGCAAUGGGUUUUUGAUAAUGUCACACACCCAUUGUAUAAAGAAGAUGAAUGUGAGUUUCUUACAGCCCAGGUGACUUGCAUGAGGAAUGGAAGGAAGGAUUCUUUGUAUCAGAAUUGGAGAUGGCAGCCCAGAGAUUGUUCUCUGCCCAAAUUUAAGCCAAGAUUGUUGCUUGAAAAACUGAGGAACAAGAGGCUUAUGUUUGUUGGGGACUCCUUGAAUCGGAACCAAUGGGAAUCAAUGAUUUGUUUCGUCCAAUCCGUCGUUCCUCCUGAACGAAAGAGCUUGAACAAGUCUGGCUCUUUAUCUGUUUUCCGAGUCGAGGAUUAUAAUGCUACAGUAGAGUUUUACUGGGCACCAUUUCUGGUGGAGUCAAAUUCAGAUGAUCCUAAUAUGCACAGCAUUUUGAACCGGAUCAUUAUGCCAGAAUCAAUCAAAAAGCAUGGCAAGAAUUGGAAGAACGUGGACUAUCUCAUUUUCAAUACAUAUAUAUGGUGGAUGAACACUUUCUCAAUGAAAGUUCUGCGAGGAUCAUUCGACAAAGGGUCGACAGAGUACGAUGAAAUUGAAAGGCCUGUGGCCUACGAGAGAGUUUUGAGGACCUGGUCUAAGUGGGUAGAUAAAAAUAUAAAUCCUAAUCGAACUCGAGUUUUCUUCAUGAGCAUGUCUCCUCUUCACAUCAAGAGCUUGGACUGGGAAAAUCCGAAUGGCAUAAAAUGUGCCUUAGAAACAACCCCAAUUCUCAACACGUCGAUGCCACUGGAUGUAGGCACAGACAACAGGCUAUUUAGAGUUGCAGUAAACAUCACCGAAUCAAUGAAAGUGCCUGUCUAUUUCCUUAACAUAACCACACUUUCCGAGUAUCGGAAAGAUGCACACACCUCAGUUCACACCAUUCGCCAAGGCAAGAUGCUGACCCCAAAACAGCAAGCCGAUCCAGCCACGUUUGCAGAUUGCAUCCAUUGGUGCCUACCGGGCUUGCCUGACAUAUGGAAUGAGUUUCUCUAUACACGUAUUAUAUCGCGUUCUUGA